AAAAACUUCGCCUUGGCCUCACUGCUCAUCAUUAAUUGGUAGCACUGAACAUUUUGUCAUUUGAAAUAAAACGGAUAAAUUUAUUUUGGUCAUAGAAGCGUUCUAUAUUCUAUUAAUAUAUUCAUUUUUUCUAUGAUAUAUAAAUAAUCCAUAUAACUAUUUUACGUUUAUUCUUAAUAAAGAUAAAAAUGAGUUCAAAUAAACGUCAAUAUAAGUGUAAGAAUAACCCCAAUAAAUUUUGUUAUGUGUGUGGCGAAUAUAUUUUUGUUACACCCCCGAAUUUUACUAGUACAUUGCAAUCUGCGUAUCGUCUUUACUUUUAUAUUUCUCCAGAGAACUUAGGUGAAUCGUGGACGCCAAAUGUCUUAUGUAACACGUGCAAAACUGGAUUAACAAUGUGGAUGACAGGCGCAAAACGAUACUUAUCAUUUGAUGUACCAACAAUUUGGCGACAACCAAUGUGUCACGAAGUUGAUUGCUACUUCUGCUUGACUAAAAUAAAGCAACAUGGACGUCAUAAAACAGUUGAAUAUGCACAUGUAAACUCCAUGUCAAAACCUGUUCCACAUUCACUCUCAGUUAAAUAUCCUGUUUGCCCCAAAAAGAAUAUAGUGAAUCGCCAGAAUCAAGUAAUCAUGCCGAAUGAAAAAUCAGAGUUAUUGGCAUCAAGAUUGCAAGAACGAAAUUUAUUAAAAUCACAAGUAAAAGUUACAUUUUACAGAAGUCGUCAGAAAUAUUAUGCUCAAUAUUAUAUAAAAAAAAACAAUGUUUGUUAUUGUAACGACAUUUACGGUUUGUUUAAAGAAUUUGGUGAGCCAUAUGAUCCAACCGAAUGGCGUUUGUUUAUUGAUAGCAAUUAA